AUGAGUAUACUAUCAGAUCCAGAAGUAUUGGAGAAACUUUCUCAAUUUAUAUUACAACAUUUAGGAUUUAAUGAUGAGGAUAAAUCACUUUCUAAAUUUCUAGUGAGUUUAUAUGAUAAGGCCAAUAAAUCUAAAGAUUAUAAGACAAGAUCAGAGACUUUCAAUGAAGUGGUACGACAGAAUGGAGGUGAUGAAUUCCCAAGUGAACUUAUUAGUUCAAGUUUUGAAAUUAUGGAUGAGAAAGUACAUCCUAUUGUGAAAGAAGAACCCAAAGAUGAGAUGAUCGUUAAACAAGAAGAUACAACUUUGAAAGGGUUGAGUAUACCGAACAAGCGUAUAGAUUGGGGAUUGGAAGAUGAUAGAGAAGAUUAUAUCAAGAAGGAAAAUGGGGUGAAAAGAGAGGAGCAACUGGGCAUAAUAAAACAAGAAAGACAAGUCCCACCAAAGGAUAUAGAACUUGAAGUGGGGAAUAUCUAUAAAGGUUACAUAAGUAAUUUAGCACCAUAUGGUGCGUUUAUUAAGCUUAACCAUCCAAAAUCUAAUCAAUCUGGACUUUGUCAUGUUUCCAAAAUUGCAUAUGAUGGACGAAAUAGAACCGAAAGACCGGAAGAUGUUGUUAAACUUAACCAAGAAGUGUUUGUUAAAAUUGAAAAAAUUGAAAAAAAUCAACGAUCUAGAGACAAAAUAAGUCUUUCUAUGAGAGGGAUAGACCAGAUUACUGGUCUUGAAGAUAUUGAGCAGUCCAGAGGGAGACUUAAACGUCAGUUUGAUAGAGAUGAGGCAGAUGCUGAUGAAGAGGAAAGAGGACGUAAUGAAAGGAAAAUGGGUAGAACUUCAGUUCCUAAAAGACGCUUAACAUCACCAGAACGUUGGGAACUUCGUCAAUUGAUUGCCUCGGGGGCCAUAUCAGCAAAGGACUAUCCAGAACUCACAGAGGAAGAUCCAAAUGCAGCAUUUGGUAAGGCAUUCAAUAAAAACACAGAUUCUGAGGUUGAAAUCGAUAUCGAACUUAAUGAUGAUGAACCACCAUUUUUAAAAGGACAAACGAAAAGCUCACUUGAAUUGGCACCUCUUAAAAUUAUGAAAAAUCCUGAAGGAUCUUUAGGAAGAGCCGCCAUGCAAGGUUCACAAAUGGCAAAGGAAAUUAAAGAAACUAAAAUCAAAGAACAACGAGGAAAGGAAAAGCAAGAACGGAAAGACCAAGCCAAAUCUGUGGAUACACACGAUCCUUUAUCAAAGAUGAAUUCUAAAUCUCUGGACUCCACACAACAACUGUUAAGAGCUUCUAAUUCUGAAUGGAAGAAAUUACAAUCCAACGCAAAUUAUGGGAAAAGAACGUCACUUUCAAUGAAAGAACAAAGAGAGUCACUCCCAGUAUUUGGAAUGAGAUCACAGUUAGUAUCAGCCAUCAAGGAAAAUCAAUUUCUUGUUAUUGUAGGAGAAACUGGUUCCGGUAAGACCACUCAAAUUGUACAAUACUUGGCGGAAGAAGGAAUGAAUAAGGGGAAAAUAAUAGGAUGUACACAACCAAGAAGAGUGGCAGCUACAUCUGUUGCCACUAGAGUUGCAGAAGAAGUGGGUUGUAAAGUUGGACAGGAGGUGGGUUACAGUGUUAGAUUUGAUGAGAAAACUAGUCCAGACACUGUAAUUAAAUACAUGACUGAUGGGAUGUUACAAAGGGAGGCAUUGACCGACAGUUUGAUGAGUAGAUACUCGGUGAUCAUGUUGGAUGAAGCUCACGAAAGAACCAUUGCCACAGAUGUAUUGUUUGCCUUGUUAAAAGAAGCAGCAGCAAAGAAUCCUGAUUUGAAAAUCAUUGUAACCUCUGCAACCUUGGAUUCAGAAAAAUUCCUGAAAUAUUUUAACAAUUGUCCAGUUAUGAAGAUUCCUGGUAGAACUUUCCCAGUUGAGAUUAUGUACACUAGAGAACCAGAAAUGGAUUAUUUGGCGGCAACCCUUGACUCGGUCAUACAAAUACAUGUAUCUGAACCACAGGGUGAUAUUCUUGUGUUUUUAACUGGUCAAGAAGAAAUCGAUACCAGUUGUGAGGCAUUAUACGCACGAGUUAAACUGUUGGGUGAUGCCAUACCUGAAUUAAUUAUCUUGCCAGUUUAUUCUGCCCUUCCAGCAGAAAUCCAAAGUAAAAUUUUUGAACCUACUCCAGAAGGUUCAAGGAAAGUUAUAUUUGCCACAAAUAUUGCAGAAACUUCGAUCACCAUUGAUGGGAUUUACUAUGUUAUUGAUCCAGGGUUUGUCAAGGUGAAUGCAUAUGAUUCCAAACUUGGAAUGGACUCGUUGAUUGUUUCACCAAUUUCCCAGGCACAGGCAAACCAAAGAAGUGGUAGAGCCGGGAGAACAGGACCCGGUAAAUGUUAUAGACUCUACACUGAAACUGCAUUCAAAACAGAAAUGUUGCCCAAUACUAUACCUGAAAUUCAAAGACAAAAUUUGUCAAGUACAAUUCUUAUGCUUAAGGCAAUGGGGAUCAAUGAUUUACUCAAUUUCCAAUUCAUGGACCCACCACCGGUCAAUACCAUGCUCACUGCCUUGCAAGAUCUUUACAAUUUGGAAGCAUUGGAUGAUGAGGGAUAUUUAACAAGAUUGGGUAGGAAAAUGGCAGAUUUCCCCAUGAGUCCGGCGUUAGCGAAAACCUUAAUUGUUUCACUGGAUUUUGGAUGUUCAGAUGAAAUUUUAAGUAUUGUGGCCAUGUUGUCAGUGCAAACGAUUUUUUAUAGACCUCGUGAUAAGCAGCAACAGGCGGAUCAACGGAAGGCACGGUUCCAUCAUUCACAGGGGGAUCAUCUUACCUUUUUAAACGUAUACAAGGCUUGGGGUCUUAGUGGGUACAGUAAACAAUGGUGUCAAGAUAAUUUCAUUCAAGAAAGAAGCAUGAAACGUGCACAAGAGGUUAGAAGACAAUUAGCUACAAUCAUGAGAAAGUAUCGAUAUGAGAUCAUAUCAUGUGGUUCUGAAUUAGAUCGAGUCCGGAGAGCUCUAUGCGCUGGGUUUUUCAAGUAUGCUGCGAAAAGAGAUGGUCAAGAAGGAUACAAGUCUAUUGUCGAACAAACCCCAGUCUACAUGCACCCAUCUUCGGCACUUUUCGGGAAAAAUCCAGAUUAUGUCAUUUACCACACAAUGCUUCUUACAACAAAAGAAUACAUGCAUUGUGUUACGGUAAUUGAUCCAAAAUGGCUCGUUGAACUUGCGCCUGCCUUUUUCAAGGUUGCAGAUGCAGCUCUGGCAGCCCUGCGUAAGAAACGCGAAAAGAUUGUUCCUUUAUUCGACAGAUUUUCUAAAGAUCAAAAUGCUUGGAGAUUAAGUUCUCAUAGUGCUAAUAAAGCCGAGGCACUCAAUAAUCUAAGAGAUAAAUAA